AUGAAUCGCUCACGGACAAAAGGGUGCUCUAUCGUCGACAGCGUUGGGCAUUCCUUAGAGCCUCAGCUUGCUGCACAGGCCUUCAUGUGCGACAAUGAGCGCGAGCCAGAGGCUGAGGAGGCUGUCGCCCUCGACGCCCAUCGCGACGCCCGCCAGCUGGUGCGCCUGCUGCAGUGUCCGCGAUGUUCAAAACCUUUGAGCACGCCCGUUACACUGCCUUGCGGUCACACUGUCUGCCGCGGCUGCCUCCCUCCACCCCAGCCCAGGACCAAUGUUUCCUAUCCAAACACACCAGACCGCCUCACGGGCAUUGCCUGUCCGCUCAUGGGCUGCGGGGCCGAACACGCUGCCGCAGAGUGCUCUGUCGACGUGACAUUGACCAAACUAAUCGACCUGAUUAAAGCUGAGAUAGUUGAGCACGGGCCACGUGCGGGAAAUACUCCGACGCGCAUCAUCGAGAUACUUGCACAUCACGAUCCGCAAACGGACGAGACGGAGAAAGAGAAACCCGCCCGCCAUGGCCACGAACUGGAACUGCCUGGAGGCCGUCUCUUUUCCACCUUUACCAUGGCCGAAAUGGGCCAACUCGGUUACACUUCCGAAGUCGAUUACGCAUUACCGUCGGCGAGUCGGCAUGAUUCCGAGCAUCUUGACAUCACUCUGCUCGAACGACUGCGGGACGUAACGCACAAGGAGCUAGACUGCCUUGUCUGUUACAACUUGAUGUUGGACCCAACAACUACAUCGUGCGGUCAUACAUUCUGCCGCCGAUGUCUCGCCCGUGUCAUGGACCACAGUAGCAUUUGCCCUUUCUGCCGGAGAGGGCUGCAUGUGCCCGCCUCGCUGCAGAAUCAGCCCAGCAAUGUCCUACUCAACUCGUUGUUGAACGGACUUUGCCCUGACUUAGUGACUGCUCGUGCCGACGCUCUCAAGGCAGAAGAACAGGCCGGCGACAAUGUUCUGAACCUUCCCCUGUUCAUCUGCACUCUGUCGCUUCCCGCCAUGCCAACCUUCCUUCACGUUUUCGAGCCUCGGUAUCGGCUGAUGAUGCGACGUGUCAUCGAAGGAAACAGGCAAUUCGGCAUGGUAAUGUACAACCGCACACACGCUCCGCAAGGGGACCUUGGUGUGAUGCCAUUUCUAGAGUACGGCACCCUGCUUGAGAUUGUCAAUUACGAGCUACUCCGCGAUGGACGCAGCUUUAUCGAAACACGUGGUAUAGGCCGAUUCAAGGUGAGAGCUCAUGGUAUGCUCGACGGAUACAACGUCAGCCGUGUCGAACGCGUCGAGGACGUUUCCCUCGCUGAAGAAGCCGCCCUUGAGCAGCGCGAAACUACCAUGGCGCGAGACUAUGCGGAAGCAUUUUUCCGCGACCACCCACAAACCCAGCUCCCUACCGCAGUCGCAAUUGAGACACUGUCAACGCAACAACUGCUUGAAAGCUGCACUGCGUUCGUGCGAGAGAUGAGGGAAGCUAGCGCACCGUGGCUUCGCGAGCGCAUCAUCCAGGUCUACGGUGAACCACCAGAAGACCCUGCAAUAUUCCCGUAUUGGUUUGCUUCUGUAGUUCCCAUUGUGGAAGAAGAGAAAUACGUGCUAUUGCAGACGGAGCGUGUGCGCGAGCGCCUCAAGAUUGUGUAUUCGUGGAUUGGCCGAAUCCGCGGACAACGAUGGUCUUCGGGCAGCUCUUGCAGCAUCCUAUGACUCCUUGUUACUUUCGUCGCCGUCGGUAUCGCGCUCUUAUCUUCGCCUCCACCUCAGCCUCCAAUGCGUGUUGAGGUGUGAUAGCUGAAGCAUACACCAUCUCGAGCUCACCUCUACCUAUGAGUGAUCGAUACCCUCUUUUCCGACCCUCAGUAUGACGAACAACCCUUCCAUCCUACCCGACCUCUCUGCUUUUCGGGGAACCCGAGACCUCUCUUCACAAUUUCCCGUGUCCACUGCCAUCUUUUUCUACCACGAAAAAAGACUCUUUCUUGCUGUCUUGUCGUCCUGUGUUUCUACCUUUUUUUCGCUUCUUCAAUGAUUACCCCCUUUCAGGAGGACCGGAGCUUGCCGUGUCCAUGUUCAAAUGACUUUUUAGACCCAGGUGCUAGCCUGGCCAAAUUAUGCGAGGGAAGAAGAAGAUGAAAGAAAACAACACUGUUUAUUUCCAGAGUUCCCCCUCUCUUUAUUUUCUCAAACGUGUGUGUGUGUGUGAUGGGGGGAACUGAAUGAAAAAAGGUGGUGUUCUUUUUUUUUCUUUCUAUUUACCUCUGGGGCAUCUUUUUUUCUCUCUAACUAACUACCACUACUACUUACUACUAUCUAUAUUAUAUGAAAAGGGAAGAGGGGGUUGGUUGGUUGAACGGUGGGAAAUAGGACAUUUCUUGCAUUUGUUGGCGUUUCGUACAUUUUUCAUGUGUGUAUGUGUGUUGUUUUAGCGAAGAUUGGUCUUGUUCUUUCUUAGGGGGGGAUACUGUGGAGUGUGAUGGUGGUGGUUGUGGUGGUGGAUGAUGGAUGAUGGACGAUGACGAUGGAUGCACGUGAUCAUGAUUCGAUGAUAUGGGAAGAUUUUGGAAGAACUUUGGCCUUUUUGUAGAUAUUUAGAGUUGGACGAUUAGCGUGAAUAGUGGAAAGUGAGAUACUUGAUUG